CCCAGAGUGAGUAAGAAGUUGAAAACCCUAAUUGUAGGCUAUCAUAUAUAAAUACCUCAUAAACCCUAAUCGUCGUUUUUCUCGCCUCUUUUCCUUUUUUUCUCUUCUUUCUUCUCAAGCGGCAGAAAUGUCGAAGCGAGGGCGUGGAGGAAGUGCUGGUAACAAGUUUAGGAUGUCACUGGGUCUUCCAGUGGCAGCCACAGUAAACUGUGCUGAUAACACUGGGGCUAAGAACCUUUACAUUAUUUCUGUCAAGGGAAUUAAGGGUAGACUCAACAGGUUGCCGUCUGCUUGUGUUGGUGACAUGGUUAUGGCUACUGUCAAGAAAGGGAAACCUGAUCUCCGUAAGAAGGUCAUGCCUGCAGUUAUUGUCAGACAACGCAAGCCCUGGCGCCGAAAGGAUGGUGUUUACAUGUACUUCGAAGAUAAUGCUGGAGUGAUUGUCAAUCCCAAGGGUGAAAUGAAAGGAUCUGCUAUUACUGGACCCAUCGGUAAGGAGUGUGCUGAUCUAUGGCCAAGGAUUGCAAGUGCUGCCAACGCGAUUGUCUAAGUGAUGUGCCGAUGAUCUUAAAUUUUGUUUUGCUUAUAACUCUGAAUGUUUGUAGUUGGAUAAUGUGAUGGAUAGUUUGGGACUUUGCAAGAUAAUUUAUAUUAGAAGGUUAAAUACACCAUUUUGUUUGCUGUC